UGCAUUUUGGAGUAGUGGUCAGUUUUUACGCGUAUUGAAAUAUUCAUAUGCAAUUUUUAUGUAAAUAAACUAAAUUAAACGUAGUCAAAACAUUUGAAAACUAUCAUUCACUUCCAUAUCUGUGUUUUCUACAUUUUUAACUACUGGUAUUAAAAGCGAUAGAAGCACAAAAACAACAAUAAAAUCAACACACGCACCAUCACCAUCCAAUCAGCCGUUUUGAAAAAAGAUUCAAAGUAGUAAAACAUUCGAGAAUAGAAACGAACGAAAACAUUCAAAUUCAUUUUGACCACCGAUAAGUACACAACAAAUUCAGCGCAGAAAAUGGAGUCCCCACCAAUGUUCAACAGUGUCGAGGAUGAGUGUAGAUAUUGGAAAGAGCGUUCCAAGCUCUACCACAAAGAAUGGACAGACGUAAAGCAGGAGUUCGAUGAAUAUGUGGAACAGUCACGCGAAAUGGAGGCUGAAAUGGACGCCACUCUGGAGCAGAAACAGAGUAUUAUUAAAGAUCUCAGAGCCAAGCUUAAUAUGAUAGAAAAAGAAAACGAGUCCUUAAAGCUCAAGCUGGACUCACACGGCAUUGAAAUGUCAAAUCUAGAGAAACAGCUGGACACGGUUAAAAAAGAUCGUGAUUCCAUGCGAGAAUAUCUACGGCAGUUGGAGCAGAAAAACGAUGACCUUGAACGUGCGCAUCGUAUUCUAAAUGAGAGCAUAGUAGACUUUGAGAAUAUGUUAGACAAAGCCUAUGAAAAGAAUGCCCUGCUCGAGAUGGAGGUGGACGAGAAGGAGGUUUUACAGGAGAAGCUGCAGCGGUUAAUGGAAGAAACGCGUGAUUUAAAGCAAGAGCUAAAUGUAAAGUCACGUUAUACACCCGCAAAUGGAACAGCAGCGGCCAACAGCUCCAUGAACUCAUCCGCCUCCUUGCCCAAUGGCAUUGUAGCCAAUGGCGAUAUAAUGCAGCACGAUGCCGCCAUGAAGGCCACCAGCGUUAUUGCACUAAACAGCACUAUAGCUAAUAAAAACGAAUAUAAUCAACAGCACUCGCUUAAAAAUCCCGAAAAUCUAAUCAAUGGCAACGCCAUGAAUCCAAGUUCUCGUGCAACAGCGCUCAACAUUGUGGCCGACAUGUUAAGAAAAUUGAACUGGGAUAAAGCCUUAGUAUGCACUGAAUGUGAAAAGUUUCGCUGUGCUUGCGAGCGGGCGACAGCAACAUCGCCAGUCAGCGAAUCGUCCUCUAGUCUCUUUAGGCGUGCGUUCGGUGGCAGCAACAAUUUUUCAUUUGCAACAAACACAAACAUAGCCAUGCCCAUCACGCCCAACAGCGAGUGCAGCGCCAGCAAUAGUCCGAUGACAGACAGCAAUACUUCACUGAAUCGAAGUAGCUUGUCAAGCCUAAAUUUUGGCACAAACAUUUUUAAGCGUUUCGCAGAACGUCUGAGAAAUGUCAAUGAGAGUGCUGGCAUUAAUACGGAGGCUGUUAUCCUAGCAGCGUCGCCCGCAUCGCCAGCGCAUUAAUUGACACGCAAAUCCAUUUCUUUUUAACAUUUUGCUUUGCAUUUAUUAAUGUUUUUUGGUUAAUAAAUACGAAUUUGUACAUUUAAUUCCAUAA